GGCUCCUCCUCUUUCUAGGCAGCCAGAGACUCGGGACUCGGGAGUCGAGGUUUGGCGCAUGCUGAGCUGCUGCCUCCGCCUCCGCGUCUCCGCGCCCGGCUUCGCGCUCCCGCUGCCCUUCCUGCUGCAGCCGCCUAGGGCCCCGGGUCCGAGCGUCCGCCGCCUGCUCCACCCGACCUUUGACUUCGGCUUCCGCCAUUCUCGCCUCAUGAAGCCGUUCGUCGUGUUCGUGCUGGGCGGGCCCGGCGCCGGCAAGGGCACCCAGUGCUCCCGCAUUGUGCAGAAAUACGGCUACACACACCUUUCUGCGGGAGAUCUACUUCGUGCUGAGAGGAAUAAGCCAGGCUCUCAGUAUGGUGAGCUCAUCGAAAAGUACAUUCGAGAAGGGGAGAUUGUGCCAGUGGAGAUAACCAUCAGCUUGCUAAAGAGGGAAAUGGAUCAGACAAUGGAAUCCAAUGCUCAGAAGAAUAAAUUCUUGAUUGAUGGGUUUCCACGCAAUCAGGACAACCUUCAGGGCUGGAACAAGACCAUGGAUGGGAAAGCAGAUGUAGCUUUCAUUCUGUUUUUUGACUGUGAUAAUGAGAUCUGCAUUGAGCGCUGUCUCGAGAGGGGCAAGAGCAGUGGGAGAAGUGAUGACAACCGAGAAAGCCUAGGAAAGAGAAUUCAGACAUAUCUGCAGUGCACAAAGCCUAUUAUUGACCUCUACGAGGAGAUGGGGAAGGUCAGGAAGGUGGAUGCCUCUAAAUCUGUUGAUGAGGUGUUUGAAGAUGUUCUGAAGAUUUUCGACAAGGAAGGCUAAUUUCACUCCACAAAUUAUGCUUGCCCCUUGCUUCGAUAGCUGCUACUACCGUCUACCCUUUGUUUAAAGAAGUUUUAAUCUUUUUGUCAUUAUGUCUCAACGGAUGACUGGAAAAUAGAUAGGAAUUAAGUGCAAAAAGUUUUUUUUUCCAGUGGUCAUUUUACAUGACUCUGGUAGACAGUCACUUCAGGGCCUUGCUUAGUACCAGUCCAGGCACUUAGCCAGCAGAGAAGGCCUCAGCCCAUCCCUGCCCUCCUCUCCUGCUCGUACCUUGGAGCCAAAGCUUGCUCUGCGAGUCCAGACCCACUCUGCAGCAGCAGUAGCAGCACCGACAGGACGGUCCCUAAUUGCUUCUCCAAGUAGCAAGUUAAAAAGUGGUUGCCACCGGCUGUGCAGAUUCCCGGACCAAACGUCAGGAAUCUUUUCCUGAAGUCACUGUUUGCUUUUUUUUUUUUUUUGGUAAAUGAAGUGAGAAAACAAGAACCCGGAUUUGUUUUCAUGUUUGUUAUUUAACUGACCAUAAGAAAUCUGGACCUCAUUGGCCAUCUUUGGCUCUUGGCAGUGAAUAGUGGGAGAGAGGGGCAUGCUCGGUGGGUGUUCCUGGACUUCAGGCCAUCUUGAUUCAGUCAUGACCUCAGGUCACGGCAGGUGGAGGCAGGGAGGGAACAGGGCUCUUUGGACUAACUUGACCUACCUCCUCCUUGUUCAAAGGAACCUCAACAAAAUUCCUUGUCAGUGACAGACCUGAAAACACACGUGCUGAGGGGGACGGGAAAAGGAGAUUUUCAACAGUUUGAUUUUGGAACACUUCAAAGAGAUUUGGGGAUUUCAGGACAAUAAUAAGGCCGGCUAGAGGGGGCGGACUUCUCUUAAAGUUAACUUUGAAAUUUGUAUGUUUUCUUGGUGGAUUCAUUUUUUUUCAUAGUUAUUUGUUUAAAAGGAUUUUUCCAAAAAUAAUUGCACUUUGGUUUGUUCAGGAAAACAAUAAAUGAGUACAUCUUAUGCGUUUGA